CGGCUAGGUCACGAGCCCAUAGCAGAAGCGAAAACCAUCGAAGUAACCCAACCCCGUAGCAGUUUUGUCUACCUUUCUUCGUUCUUUCCCUCUACAAACUCAAAUCCAGAUACAAAUACAAUCACGUUCUUGGCUAAAUUUUUGUGGCAGCACCAAUGGCACCUCACCCUCAGAUAGACGAUGAUGAUGAUUUCGAUGGUGAUUUUCCUGGAACCGACCACGCAAGAAGCGCAGGCACUAAGAGGAGUUUUGGAGAUCUUGAUGAUGAGGAAGAUGAUAUUUUUGGCUCCAAAAAGGCUAACACAAAAACAGAAGAAACUGCAUCAGGUGUAGCAACUGGGAUGAUUUUAUCUCUGCGUGAGAGUCUCCAGAGCUGUAAAGAUAAUCUUGCCACAUGCCAAUUAGAGCUUGAAGCUGCAAAGUCAGAAAUUCAAAAGUGGCAUUCUGCAUUUCAGAAUGAAUCCUACAUUACAACAGAACCUAAAAAUGCUGUCAGUUAUCUCCAGAAUUUAAAAUCUUCUGAAGAGUUACUUAGAGAUCAGCUAGAAAAAGCAAAGAAAAAAGAAGCUGCAUUUAUAGUAACCAUUGCAAAGCGGGAACAAGAGAUAUCAGACUUAAAGUCUGCAGUUCGGGAUUUAAGAUCACAACUCAAGCCUCCAUCAAUGCAGGCAAGAAGGUUAUUGCUUGAUCCAGCAAUUCACGAAGAGUUUACACGUUUAAAGAAUUUGGUGGAGGAGAAGGAUAAAAAGGUGAAGGAGUUAGAGGAUAAUAUUGGUGCUGUUAAUUUCACUCCACAAAGUAAGAUGGGGAAGAUGUUAAUGGCUAAAUGCAGGACUCUUCAGGAGGAAAAUGAGGAGAUUGGAAAUCAGGCCAAGGAAGGAAAGAUACACGAAUUAUCAAUGAAACUUGCUUUGCAGAAAUCUCAGAAUCUAGAGCUUAAAAAACAUUUCGAAGGAUUAAGCAAGCACAUGGAGGGACUCACAAACGAAGUUGAAAAAUCAAAUGAAAUGGUGGUAAACCUGGAAGAGCAGCUAGAAAACAAAGAUGCUGAGAUCCAAAGGCUAAAGCAGGAGCUUCAAAAAGAUGCUAAUGAGUAAUUUUGCAUACAUUGUUUCUACUUUGUACUGUUAAAAACAUAUGAAAAUUAACAUUUUGUAUGUCUUAAUCAUAAGUGACUAGCUGUUAGUACUUAGUAAUAGCCAGCUAUUAAAGUUUUUUUUUUGGAAUAACAAAUGCUUGAAAUCCAUAUAGUAUGUUUUUCCAUCUUUCUUCAAUUUACACUUGUC